AUGCACACAGCCCUGAGGGCCACCCGAAUACCUCUGCGAGCCAGCUGGCAGCAGUGGCACGCCAGUACUGCGCCACCAAGGCAGGCAGCUCCUUGGCGGCAGAUGAGGAGCCUCCGCUCUUUGCCUUACCUCCUCUUGCUGCCACUGAGUGCCUGCUUUCCCCUGCUGGACAGAACAGGACCCACAGACAUCAGUGACGUCGGAGCCAAGAGGAGCAGGGUCCACCUGGCUGAGGGACGUAGAGCCCACUCAGUGCGAGAUCCUUCCCCGUGGCCGAGAGUACCACAGCCACAGGCCUUGCUUGUGGUAGCCAAGAAACUGCAGGCCUCGCGCAGGGCACACACCGGCUUCCGCCUAGGGAGGCAGGAUGGCGGCAGCCAGUCCGCAGGGUUCCUGCCCACUGACUCAGAGAAGGCCAGCGGCCCCCUGGGCACCCUGGCAGAGGAGCUCAGCAGCUAUAGCAGAAGGAAGGGAGGCUUCAGCUUUCGCUUUGGCCGGUGA